UACACAUCCAUUUUCUUUAUCCAUUAUUGACGACCUUAUUCGAAAAGUAAAUAGGUAUCCAUGAAAACUUCGUUACAGAGACCCACGAGAGCGAGAAAGGCUUGUCUUGUUUGUCAUAGAAAAAAACGAAAGUGUAGCGGUACUUAUCCUUGUUCAUACUGUCAAAAAUUUCGCCAUGAAUGUAAAUAUGCCCAUGAUGCCAUGAAAAGCAAAGAACCACAUAACAAUGUUAAUUAUCUAGAGACAGAAAGCAGUAAUAAUCAAAGUUUUGAACCAAACAGCUAUGAAAAUACUUCUAAACUAGUUUCAUCAAAUAACGUUUGCGUUCCUUACAACUACGAGACUAGCAAGCAUGUUGACCAAAUAAUGGAAAACAAAAAAGGAAAAGAAAAUAGCAAAAAAGCUAUCUGCUUUGCUGAUAUUGUCGGUGAGAAACUCGGGAUAUCUUCGUCAUGGAAAUAUAAACCAUUGGUUUGGAAUCUAGGUACCCGUUUUUGUCCGCGGCGAAGAAAUGGUACAAAGAUGAAAGAUUUACUGUCUAGAGAUCAGUGCCGCUUUUAUGUUUCCGUCUACUUUGAAGAUGUUAAUCCCGUUCUUGAAUUAUUGGAUCAGAUUGCUUUUGAAGAGAAAGUGAAAAUGGUUUGGGAUAACGAAGCAGCAGAGGAAUUUGAGGCCUUAAUAAGCAUUGUCGUAGUAAUCGGCUCUUACUUUUCCUAUAAAAAUCCCUUACCAACAGAACUCGAGUUGAUUCAGCAUGCCGAAAACUUGGUGAAUCCGGACGCAUCUUCGAUAAAUAAUGAUCCAUCUAUCAUAAAAAUUACUUAUUGGAUCUUAAAAAGCUUGUAUUUACGAAUUACCGCUGAUCCACAUAAUGCUUGGUUAGCGUCUUGUACCUCGAUGCACUCCAUAGAAAUGUUUUGCCUUUAUUACGAAUCCAACGAACGACAGGAAGAUUUUACUAGAGAUAAACUCCAAGAAUACGAUUUUCUUCCCUCUUUAAAUAAGUUCUUUUCAAUUGCAUGGGCUUUCAACAAAAUUUUAUGUACGGAAUUUGGAACAUAUCCUUUGAAGCUAUCACAACUAAACACUGGGUCUGUAAGUUUUCCAACAAAUUUACACUCUCAACCACAUCAGCUCAUAGAAUUGGCAAAACUUUUACCGGAAGGAGACGAUUUAAUAAAAGAACCCCAAAUAUCAUAUUUUGCAACGAUAAACAGAUUGUCUCAGCUUCUGAAGCCACAACCUAUUAUACUGACUCUUUUGAAAACAGCUAUUUGUUUCCAUAUGUAUCGGAGACUAAUUCUGUCGAACUUUCAUGUGAAUGAGAUGAUAAUCGGUAUUAUCUUAGAAAUGACUGACAGCGCACUUGAUAAAUGUCUGAUUUUAUGCGAUAAAGGCCUAGGUUGGUGGAAUAUCUUAGAUAUUCCUUUCCAUGGUAUUUGUGUCCUUUUGUCAAUGGAUACCAAAGAAAGUUUGCAAUUAAUUCCAAAAGCACACAAAGUACUGAAAAGUGUCGUAAAAACUUUCGACACUCCUGCUUCGAGAGAUGCUUUACAUGUCGUAGUAAUUUUGUGUGACGCAUUAAAAAAUAGGAAAAUAAAUGAAGCAAAACUAUUAGAAGUUGAAGAAAGAGAAGAUAUCACAAGCGACUACGGAAUGUCUAGAUCAUUUGAAUUACCCGUAGGGGACCCUUUUUUUGAUUUAUUUUAUUUAGGACAUAAUGACUUUUUAUGCUGAUAUUUGAUAUUCUGUUUAACAUGACAAAGAAAUCACAUCUCUCUUUACUUUUCUGUACCUUUUUUAUAAAUCCAACUAUAACUUCUAUAUCUUGAAUUUGUUUAUCUCAUAUUCUCAUCCAUACUACUUAUCUAAAGAGUAUUAUGCUACCGCCAUUUAGAAAAGAAAUACUUGCCUAAUGAAUCUGUCUUACAGAGUUUGCCAUAGUUGGGAAAUUUAAGUUACCAUAGAGCUUCCAUUGUAUGCAGACAGACUAGUUGGAUAUUAUUUUGUUUCAUUAAAGGCGGACGUAUAGAGAUAUGGGAUAUUAAAAAAAUUCUCGGUUAAAUAUGAAAAGAAUAAUGCUAGAUAUAUAUUUUUUUUACUAUAACCAAAAGUUUAUUUCCGGUCUUUAUAGAUAAUGUCAGGGACUUCUCCAUCUGUACCAAUGAUUGUCUGCAUCAUUUGAUUGACAAAUUAAUUUAGAAUUUGGAAGCUGACAAAAUCAGCACAAUGCAAAAUCGUGAAUAAAAUAAGCUUGGUUUGCUGUACCCGA